AUGGAGAGCAGCAGGAUGAAGAAUUUGGCGGUUUGGCAGAAGAAGGAGGAGUUUUUGGAGGCUUUGAGAGCCAAUCAGACGGUAAUUGUUGUUGGUGAUAGUUAUAGUGGUAAAACAACUCAGAUUCCUCAAUUUGUUUUAGAGGAGGAGGCGGUUGAUCUUGCCGAUGAUGAUGAUGGUAGCAAAGGCAUGAUUGCAUGCACGCUGCCUCGUAAAUUGGCUGCAAUCUCAGCUUCUCAAUGCGUUGCGGAAGAGAUGGGUGUAAACAUUGGAGAAGAGGUUGGUUAUAGUGUUCCUUUGGAAGAAGACUGCAUCAGUUGCAAGACUGUUAUAAAGUAUCUAACUGAUAGCAUGCUUGUAAGAGAAGCAAUGGCGGCGGCCAGUGAUCGAUUGCUGGAACGCUACAGAGUUAUAAUUGUUGAUGGAGCUCAUGAAAGAAGUUUGGCCACAGAUAUUCUACUUGCUUUUCUAAAACAAGUGGUGUUGAAAAACAGACCCCAACCGAAGCUGGUUGUGAUGGGUGCUCCUACAAUUCUUGAAGCCCAUGGAAAGUUUGAGAAUUACUUCCAAGGUGCACCACUCGUCAAGCUUCCUCAGGCUAUGCUUCAUCCUGUUGAACUUUUUUACACACUAGAACUCGAAAAAGAUUACUUGGAAGCCGCCAUUCAGGCAGUUGUCAAGAUGCAUAUGAGUGAACCAGCAGGAGAUAUUCUUGUUUUUCUCUCCAAAGAGGAAGAGAUAGAAAAGGCAUGUCACGAAAUCAAAAGAGAAAUUGAUAAUUACAAUAAUAAUAAUGAUAAUAAUCGCCAAGCCCAAGCACAAGAUGUUGUUGGUCCUGGCGCUGCUAAUGUACUUCCUCUGUAUUCUCCAGAUACAAUGCUAAUGCACCACCAAAACGAUCCUGAAAGGAAAAGGAAAAUUGUGUUAUCAACACAUACUGCAGCGGAGUAUUUACUGACCAUGAUUGAUGAUGGAAUUGUGUAUGUUUUAGACACUGGCUUCGCAAAACGUAGAGUCUAUGACCCUUGGCUUGGCCACGAUGCCAUAUUGGCAGUUCCUACAACUCAAGCAAGCGCAGACUGGAGAACGAGGUGUGCUGGGAGAACUCGACCGGGAAAAUGCUUUAGGUUGUACCCUGAGAGGAGUUUUCAUAUUGCUUUUCUUCCUCAUACCAAACCAGAAAUACUGGAAUCCACCGAUUUGGUAAAUACUGUGUUAACUUUGAAGAAGCUGGGGAUUGAAGAUUUGCUCCGUUUUGAUUUUAUGGAUCGGCCAAAUCCCGAGACAUUGAUGAGAGCACUGGAGAGGUUGAAUCACUUGGGAGCACUGGAUGACCAUGGCAACUUGACAGAGGUAGGGGAGUCUAUGAGCGAGUCUACAGCCAUCAUUGAUUGGCUUCAUUUACUAGCAUUAGCUCCGUGA